GAAUCGACCCUCGGUAUCCGUCAAGGCAGUACACAGAUCUCUCCACCGGGCGCGAUGGAGAUCCGAGGGCUCCUGAUGGGCAGGCUGCGGUUAGGUGGCCGCCGGGUGGCGCCUCUGCUGAGUCUGUGCACCCUCGCCCUGCUCGCCCCAUCCCUGCUGGUGCCGGUGGUCCACGGACGGCACCACGAGCUCAACAAUGGCGCCGGCUCGCUCGGAUCGCAUCAGCUGUCGGCGGCCGGAGGCGUUGGCGGCGUGGGCCUGUCCUCGUCCCAGCCCGCCGACUCGAUCUCGGCUGCCGCCGGCGCGGGGGCCGAGGAGGACGUGGGCCGGAUUGCUGCCCUCAGCAAAGACGCAGAUGCAUUUUUUACACCAUAUAUAGGUCACGGUGAGUCCGUACGAAUUAUAGAUCCCGAGCUGGGCACGCUCGAGCGCGAGCAUGUCCACGGUGGAGCGACACCGCGUCGGCGCGGUCUAACGAGACGUGAGUCCAACUCAGAUGCCAACGAUAACGAUCCGCUGGUGGUGAACACCGACAAGGGUCGCAUCCGCGGGUUUACCGCCGAGGCACCGAGCGGCAAGAAGGUGGACGUGUGGCUCGGCAUCCCGUACGCGCAACCGCCGGUCGGACCGCUGCGCUUCCGGCAUCCGCGCCCGGCCGAGAAGUGGACCGGCGUGCUGAACACGACGACCCCGCCGAACAGCUGCGUGCAGAUCGUGGACACCGUGUUCGGCGACUUUCCCGGUGCGACCAUGUGGAACCCCAACACGCCGCUCUCCGAGGACUGCCUGUACAUCAACGUGGUGGCCCCGCGGCCCCGCCCGAAGAAUGCGGCCGUCAUGCUGUGGAUCUUCGGCGGCGGCUUCUACUCCGGCACGGCCACGCUCGACGUCUACGACCACCGGGCGCUGGCGUCCGAGGAGAACGUGAUCGUCGUCUCGCUGCAGUAUCGCGUCGCUAGCUUGGGCUUCCUCUUUCUCGGCACACCGGAAGCGCCCGGCAAUGCGGGACUCUUCGAUCAGAACCUCGCCCUACGAUGGGUCCGGGACAACAUUCACAAGUUCGGUGGUGAUCCCGCACGGGUGACACUGUUCGGCGAAAGUGCUGGUGCCGUGUCCGUGUCGCUGCAUCUACUGUCCGCACUGUCGCGGGACCUUUUCCAGCGGGCCAUCCUGCAGAGUGGUUCCCCGACGGCACCCUGGGCGCUUGUGUCUCGCGAGGAAGCAACUCUCCGAGCCAUACGGUUGGCGGAAGCGGUUGGAUGCCCGCACGAUGCGAGCAAGCUGAGCGAAGCGGUCGAGUGUCUGCGCGGUAAGGACCCGCACGUGCUGGUCAACAACGAGUGGGGCACGCUCGGUAUCUGCGAGUUCCCGUUCGUGCCGGUAGUGGACGGUGCGUUCCUGGACGAGACGCCGCAGCGGUCGCUCGCGAGCGGGCGCUUCAAGAAGACGGACAUCCUCACCGGCAGCAACACGGAGGAGGGCUACUACUUCAUCAUCUACUACCUGACCGAGCUGCUGCGCAAGGAGGAGGGCGUGACCGUGUCGCGCGAGGAGUUCCUCCAGGCGGUCCGCGAGCUCAACCCGUACGUCAACGGGGCCGCCCGGCAGGCGAUCGUGUUCGAGUACACCGACUGGACCGAGCCGGACAACCCGAACAGCAACCGGGACGCGCUGGACAAGAUGGUCGGCGACUACCACUUCACGUGCAACGUCAACGAGUUCGCCCAGCGGUACGCCGAGGAGGGCAACAACGUCUACAUGUACCUGUACACGCACCGGAGCAAAGGCAACCCGUGGCCGCGCUGGACCGGCGUCAUGCACGGCGACGAGAUCAACUACGUGUUCGGGGAGCCGCUCAAUCCCACCCUCGGCUACACCGACGACGAGAAGGACUUCAGCCGGAAGAUCAUGCGAUACUGGUCCAACUUCGCCAAGACAGGCAAUCCCAAUCCCAGCCAGCUCAGCACCGACUACCCCGAAUGGCCCAAGCAUACCGCCCACGGACGGCACUAUCUGGAGCUCGGGCUCAACACGUCCUUCGUCGGGCGGGGCCCCCGGUUGAGGCAGUGUGCCUUCUGGAAGAAGUAUCUACCCCAGCUAGUUGCAGCUACCUCUAACCUACAAGUGGCAACACCACCAAGUGCACCGUGCGAAAGUAGCGCCUUCCUCUACCGACCUGAUCUGAUCGUGCUGAUAGUGUCGCUGCUUUCCGCUGCCGCAUUCACCUACACACAAUAAUUAAUUACCCUCGGCCGAACCCAUCGGACGGCCCGGUUCGUUUUUAAGCUUUAAGAUAGUGAGGAACAAAUUUUUCCCAUACAUCCUCCCUUUCUCCUCCCUCCCCUACACGCAAUGCGCCCUUCUCCCACCCAUCGGCUCUACUGAAACAGAAUAAAAAGUAAAACAUUUCCUCGUGCUGGCUAGGCAGAGAGGUUUGGGAACGGGGAUAACAAACCUAACAGAACAACAUACCAAUUCAAAACCAAAAACAAAAUGGCAGAAUGGGGGAUAAAUCAACCAGAGGGGGAAACAAUUCACUGCACAAUGCAACUAACAAAAUGAUGGACGGCAGAAUAACAACAUUCUUAUGGUAAAUUUGAUUAGUAGGUGAGAAAGAAUUGUUGACCAGCUAGCUACUAACAGGAACGUCAAACUCCUCCAGUGGCCAACGUUCACCAGUGGUGCGUUAGUCUAAACGGGCUACUUUCUGUCACUUAACAUCGAGAUCUGAUAUCUCUCCCAAAAGAGGAUUUGGCCAAACGACCUACUAACCGGCGGAACAACGUGUAACCAUUGGUCCGCUAAUGCGGAUGUCAUUUUGUUUUCGAAAUAACCAACGCUGAUAAUGGGCGGUUUUUUCUAGACGUCGACCCACUGUGCACGGCCGGAGCAGAGACCAACGUGACGUGCCACAACAUGUGCAGCGAUCGGGAAGGAUCGACCGGUGUGGGAGGCUUCACGGAAAAACGCACAGCACAGUGCAAAACUCGCAAAGGCCGCGAGU